ACGACUUAAACACUUGUGCUGUCUGCGUCCCAAGUAAACGCAAGCAUUUCUCUUCUUUACAAAAACCACUCUGCUUUUACAAAAGAAAAUACUAAAGGAAAAAAAACACAUAUUUCUUGAGGAUAUCUCAAACAUGAGCUCUUAUAAUUCUUCUUCCCUUAUGGUUAUCUUCUCUUUGCUAUAUUUCUUGAUCUUUGAUCUCACUGUUGCCGAGUCUUGUCCUAGCCGGUGUGGAGGGAUCGACAUCCCGUACCCAUUUGGAAUCGGGAAGGGCUGCUAUCUCAAUAAAUGGUACGAAAUUAUAUGUGAUCAUCAUAAUAACUCUCUUUCAGUUUCAGGGAAGCUCGUCCCUGUUCUUUCAAUAAUCGGCAAGGAAGUUGUGAAUAUCUCUUUUCCUAGUCAACUCCGCACGUAUGAUUCUGACCGUGUACCGUACGGGACAGUUCGCAUAAAAAACCAAAUAACUUCAAAGGGGUGCUCUAGCAACGAACAAGAAGAGUCUACAUCACUUUUGAAUUUGAUGGGGAGCCCUUUCUACGUUGGUGGCAGUAAUACACUCGUAGCGAUUGGUUGCAACAACAGGGCGUCCUUGACAAAUGUCGAGCCAAGCAUCGUGGGAUGCUUCUCCAGUUGCCUCCCAACAAAUCAUACUGCUUCAAAAGAUUAUCUAGAGACAGUCAACUGUAAUAGUAAGAGUAUGUACGAUGAAGACUACAGGUAUUGUAGUAGAAGAAGUUAUAUAAAUGAAACAAGCUGCAACGGUAAUAGAUGUUGCAAGGCAAGCAUGCCCGGUAGUAUUCAACAGGUUGUUGGUGUCAAAAUAGAUGAUAACGCCACCACAAGAGGGUGUAAAGUUGCCUUCUUAACAGAUGAUCAGGCAUACUCAUUGUUAAAUGGAUCUGAUCCAAAACUGCUUCUUGCUAAACGAUAUUCAACAGUUGAGCUAGGAUGGUUCAUCCAUACAACAAAUCUCUCCUUCGUAGACUCUCUAAGAUGCACAAGUAUGAAAGAGUACCUACAUCGCAGAACCCCAUUUAGAGAGCCUAACCCAAUAAAUUGUGCAUGCGACUAUAAUUCUUAUUUUCCUAAUUAUGCAAGUUGUAGAUGCAAUACAGGUUACAUGGGCAACCCAUACAUUCCGGGUGGAUGUAAAGAUAUUGAUGAAUGCACUAACGUUGACAACUGUUGGGGCGGCACAUGUAUCAAUUUGCAAGGAUCCUAUAAUUGCGUGUAUAGCAAUCACCGGCUUGCUAUAGGGUUCGGUUCAAGUUUCGGCUCAUUGAUCUUGAUUGGUGGAAUAUACGGUUUAUACAAAUUUAUUAGAAAACAAAGGAGGUUAAACCAAAAGAAGAAGUUCUUCAAGCGGAACGGAGGUUUAUUGUUGCAACAACAACUAACUUCAACCGAAGGCAACGUUGAAAAGACAAGAGUAUUCAGCUCGAGAGAGCUGGGAAAGGCCACUGAAAAUUUUAGUUCAACUAGAAUACUUGGCCAGGGUGGUCAAGGUACCGUGUACAAAGGAAUGCUUGUUGAUGGUAGAAUUGUAGCAGUGAAAAAGUCCAAAGUUGUGGAUGAAGACAAGUUGGAAGAGUUCAUCAAUGAGGUUGUCAUUCUCUCCCAAAUCAACCAUAGAAACAUCGUCAAACUAUUAGGGUGCUGCCUUGAGACAGAUGUCCCUGUUCUCGUCUACGAGUUUAUUCCCAACGGCAAUCUUUUCGAGCAUCUUCACGAAGAUGAGUCAGAUGAUCAAACGAUGACCACUUGGGAAGUGCGUCUCCGCAUUGCUGUAGAUAUUGCAGGAGCUCUUUCAUAUUUGCAUUCGGCUGCAUCAUCUCCAAUAUAUCAUAGGGACGUCAAGUCUACAAACAUAAUGUUGGACGAGAAAUAUCGAGCUAAAGUGUCUGAUUUUGGCACUUCAAGAACGGUAACAGUAGAUCAUACACACCUUACAACCGUAGUUUCUGGUACAGUGGGAUAUGUGGAUCCUGAGUAUUUCCAGUCUAGCCAGUUCACGGACAAGAGUGAUGUUUACAGCUUCGGUGUGGUGCUUGCGGAGCUUAUCACCGGAGAAAAAUCAGUAUCCUUCUUGCGGUCUCAAGAAAAUAGGACACUGGCAACUUAUUUCAUUCUUGCAGUGAAAGAGAAUAGGCUGUUUGACAUUAUCGAUGCACGGAUCAGAGAUGGUUGCAAGCUGAAUCAAGUGACUGCAACGGCAAACCUUGCAAGGAAGUGUUUGAAUCUGAAAGGAAGGAAACGUCCAAGUAUGAGAGAAGUGUCCAUGGAAUUGGAGAAAAUUCGUGCAUCUUCUGUGGAUAUGCAACUACAUGAGUGUGAUAGUGAAAACGAGGAAGACAAUGAAGAAAGAAUUGUGGAUUCUAACAUAGGGGUACAAUCAUGGAACAACAAUGCUGUUACUGCUCCAACUUCUCAAUACGAUGCCGGUACAUCAUCUUUGCCAAUAUCAGAUGUUGAGCCUCUGUUUCCUUUUCAAACACGGUAAUAAUUUCAACUUUGCAUGCCACUGCAUUAUCUAAGUGUCUUUGCUUUUCUGUCGAUUUUGGUGUUUCUGUAUGUGUGAAUGUAUUUCUUUUUAUGAAUGCUUUUUUUUUUGUAACACCCUUUUUAUGAAUGCCUAUGUGUAAUAAAAGGAUACCGUUUGUAACAAAAAAAAAACUUUAACA